GUAUAAAUAACGAUGAUCGCGAUUCAUUCGUUCACUCUGUCGCGAUACCAUUGUGAGGUCACACACGUGGGUUUCGUCGAGUGGUGGCGCUAUUGUUGCAUUGUUUCUACCGUUGUUUCGUCACAGAAGUCAUUAUGAAGUUGGUCAAUGUUGUGGCCACAGCGCGCGAUGUUGGGUUGGAAUAAACUGGUUUUCCAUCGAGGAAUUUCUACAAUUAUAACUCGUGGAUAUCAGCAACAAAUGGAGGCGAUUGACACGAAAUAUGAGGAAGCCGUUCAAACGUUAAACGAACUGCAGUGUUACAAGAUGUUGUCGGCCAAACAAAAGUUGGAAGGUCUCGGUCUUUUGCUGAUGAAGGAAUUUCUGCAUCGAGUUGAUGUUUCCGAGAAGGAUAUUAACGACCUACGUGUCAUCCAUGUUACUGGGACCAAGGGCAAGGGAUCGACGUGUGCGUUUGUGGAAAGCAUUUUACGCAAACAUGGAGUAAAAACGGGGUUCUACUCUUCACCCCACCUACUGGAAGUUAGGGAACGCAUCCGGUUAAACGGGCGACCGAUAUCGACAGAUUUGUUCACCAAGUAUUUCUGGGAAGUUCAUGAACUUUUGAAAAUAUCGGAGGAUGAUUACGAAGCAAAGAUCCCGAGUUACUUCUACAUGCUUACGAUACUAGCUUUCUAUAUUUUCAAACAUGAGAAAGUUGGGGCAGCUGUAAUAGAGGUUGGUAUAGGGGGUGCAUUUGAUGCGACAAACGUGAUAUCUCGCCCCAUCUGUUGCGGGGUAGCAGCAUUGGGUAUCGACCAUACCGAAUACCUUGGAAAUACUAUAGAAAAGAUAGCGUGGCAAAAGGGGGGGAUAUUUAAACCCGGAACCCCCGCGUUUACCCUCCCCCAACCCACCGAGGGGAUGGCAGUGUUGAAACAACGAGCAAACGAAUUUAACGUCGAUUUGAAAAUUGUCCCAAACUUUGACUCUUACCCCAGGUCAGAUGACCUUACCCUAGGUUUGUCAGGUGACCACCAGAAACUUAACGCAUCACUGGCCACACAGCUGGCUAAUUGUUGGUUACAAAGGACCUCUAUGUCACCUAUUAUGACAUCACCAAACUUAUUGUUCCCAUUAAACGAACCUUUCCGACAAGGAUUGCAUAGUUGUGUAUGGAAUGGUAGAGGUCAGGUGAUCAAGUUCCGCUCUGUUAGUUUUUACCUUGACGGCGCACAUACGGUCCGUAGCCUUACUUGCGCCACCAAGUGGUUCAUGGAAGAAUCUUCGACAGAGGAAUUUCAUUUGAAAACUUCGUGCGAGAAAAUUCUUGCAUUUAACGUGACAAACAACCGCGAUGCGAAACAAUUCCUCGAGAUUUUAUUCCCGUGCGGAUUUUCUCGAAGUCUGUUCGUCCCCAAUAUUGCCUCACACGCCCCGUCAAGGUUUAACGACCAAAACAAUCUUAAAAUUCCGAUCGAAAACCAAAUUUUCCGAAUCUUCGCGAACCGUGACGCUUGGAAGGAAGUGUGUCAGUCUAGGGGAACCCCGACCAACAACGACGAGGCUCAAACUUUCCUCUCGGUCGCCGAUGCGCUCUCUAGUGUCACCGAGGGACGGGAUGAAGAACUGUGGAAGACACUACAGUCUAUGACAUCACAAGAAGAUUACCCAACCAUGAAGUUAAGAGGGAAGCACCUUCAGGUGUUUGUCACUGGAAGUCUCCACUUAGUGGGCGCUUUUCUCAUGAUAUUGAAACCAGAUAUAAACGAGUGAAAAUAUUGACAAAAGGUUUAUAAACAUUGGGGAGACCUGACGGGGUUUGGAUAGUUAGACACGCGUUCCUGUAAAACUGAAAGUUCCAUUGAUUAAUAUUUCAAGUAUUAGGGGGUUUGGCCUACCCACCUCGCCACCCCAGGUUUGGCGCCUGUGUACGCCCCCAAACCACCCAACCAUGAAAAUGUAUUGUGAUGUCAUAUUAUUGUAACAUGUCAACAAAGUUUCCUUGUUUUAAAACUUUUAUUAGUUUGUUAAAUAAAUAAACCAACAAUAAAAUUUAUUGGGGGAUUUCCAAUCCUAUUUGACGUCACACAAACCGUGAAACUUCACAAUCCCACGUUUGAUUUUUAAAGGACCCCUAGCGGAUUUAUGUCAGUUAAUUUCUUACCGCUAGCUAGCGUAGUUAAGCAG